CUUUUCUUAUUUGGCGGUCGGCCGGUGGACGGGUAUCUGUCCAAUUCGACGUACCGGUCCUAGUUUUUCAAUCGCUGGUUCGAAGUAUUUGGAGGAGAGAGAGAUGCAUCAAGAGAUUAUCUUUUAGGGUUACAUUGGAGCGAUGCUCCUUUGCUCUCACCCGCAAUGGCGACUCUCUCAGAGUCAUGUCUUUCUGAGAGGCUUUUAUUCCUCAGAAACCGUAAAAUCAAACGGCAGUUCUUCUCCUCAAAAGUUCCUAUGCUAUGGAAGCCCUAGAAUCCAUGGAUCUCCUGGGCGGGUUCCGGGGUGUAGUCUCAGGCGAUCGCCUCAAAAGGCCAUUUUGGCGACAAGCGCUUAUCUGAAACCCCUAAUAAACAAUCGUGCGAAUCUUCGUUUUGGAAGAAACCCUAGAAUAUGUGGCUCUUCGGGGUGGUUUAUAGGGUUUGGUCAUGGGCAAUGUUCUGUGCGGUGCUCUGGUUUUAAAUUCCGAGAUGCACCAGAAACCCUGGGGAACUGUUAUCAAAGGUAUGGCUUUGGAAGAAACCCUAGAACCUAUGGAGCCAUUCCUUUUUCUGAAACCCUACGCCUUUCUUUGGAGGAAGAAGAUGAUUGGUCGGUUAAAGAUGAACCUUCGUCAAACGUGCAUAAAGCACUAGAAAAUAUAGGACUAACCAGGAGAUCUGUAAAGCUUCUGAUAAAAUCAAACCCUGAACUCUCUACCCUCUCUCUCUCUUUAUUCACUUCCACUAUCCGCACCCUUGAGACCCUAGGCAUCACGGGCUCACGCUUGGUCCGCCUCAUCAAGAAGCACCCCACCUCCCUAUUUGAACUCGAACUAGAUACGUCCCUCUCCCCUGCCCUAACUCUUCCUGGCUUUGACCUCCACAAGCUUUCCCUGAUCCUCUUUACCUCUAAUCCUCGUUCCAUCCACUCUAUAAAAGCCAAGAUCUCCCUACUUUCCAAGCAUAAGAUAUCGGAAACUGACAUCUCUGGAAUCAUUAAUCGCAUCAAUCUCAGACUCUUUCUUGAAAAGUCUCUUUUAGACCUUGAGAUGGUACUGGUUUUCCUCCAUUCAUUGGAUGGGGAGCACAAGCACGUGCUCCGUCAUCCCUCACUCCUCCUCCUCGACCUCAAAACCGACCUAGAGCCUCGGAUUUCAUAUUUCCGGUCAUUGGUGCCAGAUUCUGGUGCUCUUAGCCACCUCCUCUGGCGUUUUCCGGUGAAGAAGUGGUUCACUGUUGACUAUCUAAACGCACGCAUCAGCUUCUUCCGAUCAAUUGGGUUUUCUGAUGAGGAUAUUAGGGCAGUACUCCGGAGCUACCCUCAGGUAUUCACCUUGAGCAUAGACCGAAAUAUCAAGCCAAAAGUCGAGUUCUUGCAAAAAUGCGGCCUGAACGAUGGCCAAAUAGUGAAAACCCUAACCGUGCAUCCAUCUUUCUUGGGGCUCUCCUUCGAUGGAAACCUGGACAAGAAAGCAAAAUUCUUGACAGAAAUAGGGUUUCGUCCUUGGUCGGUGACAUUUGCUAGGGUUUUGACCGUGGCAACAAGAAUAGGGUAUAGGGAGCUUACAUGGACGGUUGAGAUGCUCAGGAAAAAUGGGUUUACAUGUGAUGACAUAGUAGAGAUGUGUGAGAGACAACCCCAUGUAUUGAAGUAUACUUGGAAGUGUUUAGGGCCAAAGGUGGAUUACUUAGUUGGAGAGAUGGGUUAUAAAGUGGGGGAGGUGGUGAGGUUCCCUGCUUACUUGGGUUAUAGCUUGGAAGACAGGAUUCGACCUAGGCAUGAGGCCAUGCAGUGGCUUAUUUCACGUGGGCUGAUUAAGGAGGGUUAUUCCAUCAACCACUUGCUUACUAUCUCAAAUCGUGACUUUGCUAGGUUGACUGCUGGGACUGGGUUUUGUGAAGAUGCUGAUUGAUUGAUUUUGAAGUCCUCCCCCACCCCCCCCAACAACAACCCAAAAAAAAAAUUGUGAAGAGAAACUCCUUGCCAGAGUAGCAUACUGUAGACCUGAUUGCAAGUCCUUCAUGGUCACUAUCAAGAUUCACUCAUUGACUCAAAUUGCAGUGGGAAUUUGCUCAUUCAUGACUGCUGAGACUGGGUUUUAUGGGUUUUGUGAUGAUGCUGAUUGAUGCAUUUUCAAAUGGUUCAGGAUUGGCCUUCCCCUCCCCGGCAAACCACACCCCCCCGACCCCCCUCCCCACAGAGAAACUCCUUGCCAGAGUAGCACACUGUAGGCCUGAUUGCAAGUCCUUCAUGGUCACUAUCAAGAUUCACUCAUUGACUCAAAUUGCAGUGGGAAUUUUCUCAUUCAUGGAAUCUUGGAACAUCGCGUAUAGGCCUGGUUUGUUCUUUUUGCUUACCAGUGGCGAUUAUUCACUGUUGUAAAUAGUUUCGGUUGUCAAAUGACGCAUUUUGGUGGAGAUCUGAACUGCUAUAUUAUUUUAGUGGCCUAGAAUGACUUAUACUCUAGCAAUAUAUGUUUAUGAGGAUUGGAAGCAUUGAGGCUAUACAGCAUUUCCCUGUGAGGUUCAGAACUAAUUCUCUUAAUAUUGAGUAAUUUUCAAGUUGUGGAGCAAGCAAAAGGUUUUUCA